CAAUUUUCAUUUCAUUCAUUCAUGGCUUAGCUUCCAGAUACCCACCCCCCCCCCCCCCCCAAUCGCAUACUCAUUGAUUAUCGGUCGUGGCCUCGUGGGUUGUUGUGGGUUUUUGUUGCUUUUAGUAUUUGAUUGCGUUUGGUUCUCUGCAUUUCCUUAAAGAAAAAACCAUUUGGUCCAUUUGCUUUGUAGCCUUGGGUUGGUGGGUUUAUGCAUCCCUGUUGAUCUCGCAAUUUUGGUGUCAAUCUAACUGGGUUCUUCUUCAGAUUUCCGUACAUUCUGGUUUCAGGAUGCCCCUGGGUUGCUUCUGAGUAUGUUUCAGAGCCUAGGCAUGCAAAGCCAAUUCUUGGAAGUCCAGUCAGAACAGACCAGAGAGACAGAGAGACGACGAGAAGAGAAACGCGAAGAACGAAGAGAGAAGAAGAAUGAAGACGAAGACGAACGACGUCCCGCACCAACCAGCCAAGGACGAACGACGAAGAACGGAGAGGAGGAGAAGAACGAAGGAGAUCGACUGGAGAACGAGGACAAACGACGAAGAACGAAGAGGAGAAGAAGAAGAACGAAGAAGUUCGACUGAAGAACGUGAUUGAACCAAAUAAG